AUUUCAAUGGCGUCCCCUGAUGUCGAGUACCGGUGCUUCGUUGGAGGUCUAGCAUGGGCCACCGAUGACAGAGCUCUCGAGACCGCCUUCUCCCAAUACGGCGACGUUCUCGAUUCCAAGGUCGGUUACACGCAGAGAUCGGACUCCCGGAGGUUUCCGAUGAUCUGAUCCUCGACGGAUCUGUUCCGAUCUGUGUUUCUCUGUUACUUACUAUGCUUUGUUACUGUUACUUUCUUAUUCUCAAAUCGAUCAUUAACGAUCGUGAGACGGGACGAUCAAGGGGGUUCGGAUUCGUCACUUUCAAGGAUGAGAAGUCGAUGAAGGAUGCCAUCGAGGGGAUGAACGGGCAGGAUCUCGACGGUCGCAGCAUCACUGUGAACGAGGCUCAGUCUCGUGGAGGCGGUGGCGGGGGAGGCCGCGGCGGAGGCGGUGGUGGAUACCGCAGCGGAGGUGGUGGUGGUUACGGAGGAGGCGGUGGUGGAUACGGUGGAGGUGGUGGAAGACGCGAGGGUGGUUACAGUGGCGGUGGUGGAGGUGGUUACUCCUCGAGAGGAGGUGGUGGCGGUGGAGGCUACGGUGGCAGGCGUGAUGGUGGUGAAGGUGGAGGUUACGGAGGAAGCGGUGGUGGUGGUUGGUAAUUAGAUUAGGGUUUGAGGUUGUUGUGACUGUUCCGUACUUCCGUUUCUGGUUUCGGGUUUGUGGUUCUCUCUUAUGUGUUAUGUUUGGUUCUGCUGUUUUGGUUGUAACAGUUCGUGAUUAGGUAUCUGAUAUCUGGAAACGCAAUGUUAAAUCACUUUUCGUUUA